CAGCAAGAUCUCAUGCGAUGUUGUGAAAAUUGUUAACUUUGUAGUGAAUUAAUUUUUACAUUCGAUUAUAAAACUACUAGUCGAUUAGCAGCUAUCACCGGUCGGCAAAAUGUCACUGUACCACGCCAACGCUGGCCAGGCGGAAAUAAUUCGCACGAUCCAAAAAGAUCAGACCUACAUCGACGAAAUCCGUUCUCAGCUGAGCGACGUUCUGCUGCUGGUCAGCCAGAAAAACUGGUUCAAAUAUAACCACCUGUGCAAGCUGAUCGCGGAGGUCCUCUACCAUCAGUAUGCCAUCGUGCACAACCUGCAGACGCUGGGCGAGGAAUACACCGGAAUCAUCCAGGUCGAUUCCAACUACGUGAUGCUACCGAACAAGGCGCUGCAAAUUUUCGCCAUCCUGUUGGAAUAUGGCGGAGAGCACGUGGUCGACCGAAUCCUGACCCGGCUGCAGACCGAGAUCGACCGCAGCGAAGAGAUGCUACCGGAGGCGAAGGAAAGUUUCGUGAGGUUCCUGGAUGGGAUCAAGUUUAUUGUUCCAUACGUCCGGGGGUUCCACACCAGUUUGUUCUACAUCUACGCUGGAAAGUAUCACAUUUCCAAACGACUAACGAGGAUCAACUACAUCCUCAUCCGGAACUGGCUUAAGGAAGAUCAUUCAAUCUACGGUUUCCGGAUACUCGGAGUAGUCACCUUGCUUCAACUCCUGUUAUCUUUGAUAGUAAAAUGGGUGGAGUUACGUAAAAAAGCUAGAAGCAGCAUUGCCAGCGUAAAUAGCGAGGUAGGAUCUGCUGUUCGAGUGGCGAGUGGGUCGACAACUAGCAGCAGCAAUCGCAGGUGCGCUCUAUGUAUGGAGAUGGCCAUAGAUUUGAGCGCCACGCAGUGUGGACAUCUUUUUUGCUGGGUUUGCAUCCUGAACUGGCUGGACGAGCGGCCGAUUUGUCCCAUUUGUAGGGAGUCGAUCAAGAAGUCGAGGGUUGUGAAGUUGCAGAAUUUUUGAAGGGAGUUUGGUUCGGUAUUCAGUAAGUUUCGGGUUGGGGUGGUUUAAUUUUACUGUUACAUUUUAAUAUGUACAAAGUACUAAGAAGCUCUUUCCAAGAGUAUUUUUUGUUAUACAAUUCCUAUCGAUUUUGUGGCGGUUUCGUUCGCGCGUUUGAUAAAAUUUUCGUAUAGGUUUAGAUAGCGUUUCUAGAGGGUGGAAAUAUUUACACAAAAAGCAGCGUCCGAAACGGGCACCAGGAAGGCCUAAAUAAAUUAGUAUUUUUUCUUGUUUUAAAAA